GAUGGCUGAGUUUGUUUAUAAGAGUAUUUUGGAUUUUUUAAGUAUAAAUGUGUUUCGUUUCUCUAAGCUAUACUCUUCACCCAUUUCUUCAACAACACUCGAAUCUUUGCAUUCCAAUUUUCAACGCUCCUCUCAUCCUUCAAUUUGCAAAAAAAUAAUUAAACACCCACAAAAAAAUGGGCCUUUCAUGGAGCAAUACUAGAAGAAGAACCACCACUUUUUAUAACCCACCCCCACCGCCACCGCCACCGCCUUGCUGUUAUCAUCAUCACGCGGAACCCAUCUCUCUCCUUCCUCCUCCCCCACCACCACAUCAAAGUCACUACACCACCAUGCACCAACCACCACCCUCACAAUCUUAUCCUCCACCCAACAACCCUUAUCCUACCCACAUUCCACCUCCAGUUCACCACUACCGCAAUUCCCACCAUUACCACUCAUGCAACUAUGCAAAUCACCAACCUUUUUAUUAUACCUGUCAUCAUCAGCCAACUAGUGGGUGGUCUCCUGUAAUCAGACCUCACGUGGGGUUUGCUUCUACUAUAAAUGCUGCUACUGCACAACCAAUUCUGCCGGAGCCAGCUCCUUUUGUGGAUCAUCAGAACACAAAGAGGGUUAGAAAUGAUGUCAAUGUUAAUAAAGAUACUUUAAAGGUUGAAAUCGAUGUUUCAAACCCUGAUCAUCACUUGGUUUCUUUCGUUUUCGAUGCAUUAUUUGAUGGGAGCAUUACGAUUUUCUACUUUGCCAAGGAAGAGCAGGAUUGUAGGUUCGUUCCUGCAUUUCCUGAAGCCCAUUUGCCUGUGAAAAUCUCCUUCCAGAAAGGUCUUGGCCAGAAAUUUCAUCAGCCUUCAGGAACAGGCAUUGAUUUAGGCUUCUUUGAGUUGGAUGAUCUCUCAAAAUCAUCACCUGAAGAAGAUGUUUUUCCACUUGUAAUAGCUGCUGAAACAUACUUGCCAGUUGACUUAACAAAUGAAAAUGAUGAUUCUGUGCCGAACACACUUCGCCACAUGCAGAUUACUCAAGCUGUUCUCGAGAAGAAAAAUGAUGACAAUUUCCAUGUCAGAGUAAUAAGGCAGAUUCUAUGGGUUGCUGGAGUUCGAUAUGAGCUCCGUGAGAUAUUCGGAAUAGGAAGCUUGGCAGCUGAAGGCUUUGAUGACAUUGACCCAGGGAAGGAGUGCGUGAUAUGCAUGAUUGAACCUAAGGAUACCGCCGUGUUACCUUGCCGACAUAUGUGCAUGUGUGGCAAGUGUGCAAAAGAAUUGAGGCUUCAAUCAAAUAAGUGUCCGAUAUGCCGCCAACCGAUUGAGCAACUCAUAGGGAUCAAGAUAAACAGCAGUGAUCAAUGAGAAACUGUGUUUUCUCAUAUAAAGUUGGAUUUAUGGUGUCUUGUAUUAAUUGCGCCUUUUAGAACGCCAGACUGGACUCGUUUUUCUGCAGUUUUUUAGACCUUGAAACUUCCCCUUGGAUGUCUUCUUAAGUUUUGUAAGAUCUGGUGUGCACCUGUGGCGUGUAAAUUGGUCUAACCAUUGCACUCGUAUGGUUUUGCAUAAGUGAUCUGCAUGCAGUUCAUAUCA